AUGCCACUAAGUCAGGCUGUUGUAUAUGGACACAAUAUUGUUUUAAAUUGUGAAGCUGUAACAGAUCUACCUGGUACCCUAACAUAUUCUUGGUACCACAAUGGGAACCAGUUAUCAGCCUCUGUAUUUUCCAACAAUUCCUUGCUGAUAGUUGAUGUACAGCAAAGUAAACUUGGUAACUACAGUUGUCAUGUGACCAGCAGUAACAGUUCAGAGACAAUCAUAUUGUCAUCAGCAGUCAUCAUUCAAGCAUAUAUAAAAGCAUUUGUAACUAACCCAUCACAAGUAACAGUUACAGAAGGUGAAGUUGCCAUACUGGAAUGUGUUACUGGAGAAAGUGCCCCACCCCCUCAAGUUUAUUGGGAAAAAGAUGGACAGCAAGUCACCUCUGGUUCACAGUAUAAAGCUAGAUUUGGAUCCCAUUCAUAUGACAUGAUUGGGCAGUAUUACAUGAAACUAAUUUUGGAAUCCAAACCUAGGGAGACUGGAUCAUAUUCCUGUGUAGCAGUUAACACAGCCCAAGGAAUACGAGUAAAGAGUUUAUUGGUACAAGUUAAAAUAUCUGCAACAGAAACAAAACCGUACAUAGAUGUAGAUAUUUCCCAGAAUUCUACAGUGAUGGCACCAGAGGGUUUUUUGUUGGUUCUCAACUGCGCAAUAGGUGGUUUCCCUAAACCUGUGAUCACAUGGUACAAACUCCAAGAUGUCAUUGUUCCUGACUCAAGAGUUAGAGUCUUAACAAAUGGUAGUUUAGAGUUCGUGCUACUGAUCCAAGAUGACCAAGGUUACUAUUUCUGUGAAGGCAGCAACUAUCUUGGGCAUGUCAGAACUCAAGAUGUUUUUGUUCAAGUUUCUUAUAUUGACCUUUUAUUCCAAGAAGAACCAGAUUCAUUAUAUAUAACAGCAGGACAACCAGUUGUUCUUCAUUGCUCUCCACCAAUCAGCUUUCCUUCAGCUAAUGUAUCAUGGUACAAAAACAACCAACCAAUGAAAUACAGAACAGGAGAACAGGCUGUUUACAUUGUUGAUCCUUUGGUUGGAAUCUGGAAUCUAUUCUUUACAGAUAUACAGAAACAGGAUGAAGGCAGAUAUUUUUGUGUAGCUACAAAUAGUUAUGCUAUUCCCACAUCUAGAACCUCAAAGUCAGCAGACUUGCAGAUUGGAGGUGGUCCAGUGUUUUUAGAUCCUCCAGUAUCAACCUCUGUGGUUACUGGAGAUGGAACUCAGAUGACAUGCAUGGUUGGAGGAGAUCCCUUCCCACAGAUUACUUGGUUUUUAGAUGGACUUAUGGUUAUUCCUGAUGACACAUUAAUUUUAAGGAAUCAGAACCAAGAACUUCACAUGGCAAAUGUUAACAAGAUAAGAGAAGGACUUUAUACAUGUAAAGCUACAAAUGUAUAUGGUGAAGCUGAAUCUACUGCUUAUUUGAAAGUUCUAGUGCCACCAGUUAUUGUAGAUUUUACUGAAUCAGUCACAGUUAUAUCAGACAAUGAUUUGGUACUACCUUGCUAUGUAAACGGAGAUCCUAAACCCACUAUUCAGUGGUUAAAAGUGAAACCAGAGUUUAUUAAGUCGCCGUUGGACAAAACUGUAAUCCUUGGCCUGUCUGUGGACAUGGAUUGUGAGGUCAGAGGUCAUCCAACUCCAACAGUUUCUUGGCUGUUUAAUGGUACUAACCUGCUUCCACCAGGUAUUAUUGUAUCUAGUGAUAAUCAUGGAAUACAUGUUGCCAUAGUAACAUGGCGCCAUGUUGGAUUGUAUACCUGUGUAGCCUCUAACAUUCUGGAAGCUGCCACCAGGGAUGGGAGGUUAAGUGUGCAUGUUUUACCAAGAAUACAAGCCAUAAAUGGAGAUCCUGUAGUCUAUCUGAACCAAGAGCUUGAUUUAACUUGCACAGUUAAUGGUAUACCAAAUCCAACAAUAAAAUGGUUCCACCAAGAAACAGCAGUUGUCCCAUCACUGGAUGGCAGAGUGACUAUACCAGCACAAAACAAACUCUUUAUUAAAUAUGCCAAAGUUUCAGAUAAAGACUUGUCAUCAAACAAGCAAACUUCCGUGAAGGUUACUUAUGUGUUGUUGGCAACUCAAUUAUGCAUGAUGUAUAUGUUUACUCUAGGUGAAUAUAAAUGUGUGGCAGAAAACCUUGCUGGGAAAACUGAAUUUCCAAUCACAGUUUCAGUUAUAGAGUCUCCUAUUCCACCAGUGUUGACAAAAGCUGUGUCCUUCACUUCAACAUCUGUGACCUUGACAUGGUCACCUUCAACACAGAAACCAAACACACCACUCUCUCAGUACAUCAUAUAUUACAAAAAAGAAAUAGAUGUUGAUUACAAAAGAUUACCAAUUACAGCAGGCAGUACAGAUGCACAGAUAGAAGUUGUUGGUUUAUCUCCAGGAACCGUGUAUAUGUUUGUAGUGUCUGGUGAUAAUCCAGCAGGGGAAGGCAGUCUUAGUAAUGUGUUAUCUGCUAAAACUAUGGACUCUGGUCCAUCAGCACCAAGAAAUUUGAAAAUAUUGUUUUCAAACAGCUCAACUGUGCAGUUAGAAUGGGAAAUUCCUGCUAAAACAAAUGGCCAGAUUAGAAAAUACCAAGUCUGGUAUAAGAUAAAGGGAGAUAACACUGAGAUUAUGUCCCUUGUUACAACUAAUGAUAUCAACAAACCAUCAGUUGCCAUGACAAUAAGUAACCUUGAGCCUUUCACUCUGUAUGAGUUCAAGGUCAGGGGUGCAACAGAAGAAAGUGGUGAAGAUAUGUGGGGAGAAUUAUCAAACUAUGUUGAUGUCAAAACAGCAGCUUCAGUUCCAAGUUUAGUUCCACAGAUCACAAAAAUACAGACAUUAUCAUCAACUGCUAUUCAAGUAGGAUGGCAGGACCCUUCAAUGGAUACAUGGAAUGGUCAGAGUUUGAAGUACCGUGUAUACUCUACUGAUUUAAAUUUUACCUCUGCAACAAAUCAGAUUACCACAACACAUUUUUCUAUCAAUAUCACAUCCUUGUCACCAUGGAGAUGGUAUUCUUUUGUCUUGGAGAUUGGAAAUGAAGCUGGUUGGGGAGAUAGAAGCAAUGCUGUUAUUUCAAAUACAUUUCCAGCAGCACCCACAGCUCCUCCAGUGAUUUUUAGUAUACAAGCAUCAGAUAAAGACGUUGAAUUAAAAUUUCAGUUACCAGACAAGAGUACAUGGAACAGUAAAUUAACUGGUAUUAUUAUACAGUAUACUGAUGGAGAUUCUGUAGAGACAAACUAUGUUGAUAAUAUACAGAGGACUUCUGUGACAAUUAGACAACUGUUACCCUGGACGGAAUACAGAAUAAGAUUAGGUAUAUAUACAGACAGUGUAACAAAUGGGGAUGGGCCAUAUACUGAAUGGAGAACUGUCAGAACUAAUGAAUCAGCACCUGGUACAGUUGGAAAUAUCAAUCACCAAGCCACACCCACAAGCAUCACCUUAACCUGGUCACCGCCACCAAAACCUAAUGGAGUUAUUCAGCACUAUGUUAUCCAGUAUCAGGAUGAAGGAUUAGGAGCAGACCACUUCACAUCUAAUAUUCUGAUAUUUAGACCAACAACUGAUGAUACUGUGUCUGGAAAUGAAGUGGUCAAAAGAAUCCAAACAGAUUUGACUACAGGGAUAUUAAAAAAUCUAACACCAGGCCAUGUAUUCAAGAUUACUAUUAUGGCAGUAAAUGGUGCGGGUGUAGGAGACAAGUUUGAUUACACAGCAUCAACAGCCUCUUUGCCACCUUUGGCAGUUGAAACAACAACUAAGGAGGAGAUGUCAACAGAGGCCACAACAGUAAGCCUCUCUCAACCUAAUGGAGUAAACUCUGUGUUAUCACCAGCAGUGUUUGGUGGCAUUAUAGCUGGAGCUGUACUUGUUGUCAUGGUGAUUAUACUAGUAACCUGCUUAUGUAUCAGGAGGAAAAGAUUAGACCAGGCAAAAUAUGUGAAUACAAAGAAUCCUGGAGUAUUUGGAAACUUACAAGAAGACAAAUCUUUAAGAACAUCUAAAUCUGAACAGUUAGAAGAUAGAGGAUCAUUAAGGAGAAUAGAUUUUGUUGGAGACACUGUACUAUAUGGAUCUAACAAUAAAACAAAGAAGGAACAGCCAUCAAUAGUUAUUUCUUCUUUGGAGAUACCAGGAACAAAGCUGAUAAAGAGAUCAAGCAAUAACUCUAUAAAUGGAAUAGAAAAUCCAGGUUAUAAGGAUCAAACAGGGGAUACAGAAUCAAUAGCUGUUUCUAUGACACUGUCUUCAGAAGAUUUGUUAUCAGAGUCAGCAAGUUUAAAAAGAACUAGUCGAAUGAGGACUGAAAGUGCAGCAGCUAUAGCAGUAUUACGUAACCAACGACUACCGAGGUUACCUAGGUCACAGGAUGAUACAGACACUUUAAUUAACCAUGACUCUGUUGUGAUUUAUACAGAAAGGACAGCCCUAUGACCAAACUUCUUUUAUUUCAUUUCACAAUGAUCAGGAAUGAUCUAGUACAUAAACACAGUAUUGACAGAUAAUGUUAUUCCAGUUAACAACACUUAGGAAUGAACAAUUAUUGUUACAUAAAUACAGCAUUCUGUUUUGUUUCAUUUUCAUUUUUUGAUCUCAUUACAUCAGUCAUCUGUGUCCAAACAAAACAAAUCAAAAGACAAACCUCUAAGGGUUCAGAUUUUAAAAAGGGGGGAGAUGGGAGAGAGGGGAUCAUUUGCAUAUUCACCAAACUUAAUCUCAUCUUUUGUUUGUCCAUUUUUGGUACAGUGUAACCAUUGACAGAACUGAUUUUACCUUUAUAUCCUACAGCUUUCAGAUUUGUUUUGUUUUUGGUUAAAAUUGUCACUGAUUGAAAAUUAUUGCAUAAAUCAACAACUUACAAGAGAAAAGAUCAACUGACUUUAGGAUUUUUAUCUAGAACAACCCAUACUCAUAUUUUCUAGAUACCACUGUUUUUUGUCAUUUAUGCACUUGUAAAAGUUGUAAAAAAUUUUGAAUGUAACAACUGAAUUAAUUUUAGGUUAUAAUGUUUUAUGAUGAACAUUUUAUUUCUUAUUUAGCAAGCUAUAUUACAGCUUAAAGUUGUUUUCAUUUAAAUUUUUACUUCUCAGAAAUAUAUUUUCUUUAUAUCAUGAUAAGAAAAAAAAUGUUGCAUAAGAUCUAGCAAUUAUGCCUUAAAGAUAAAAAUAAAAAAGUCAUUAUAGAAUGUCUAUUCAAAAGAAACAAGAAGUUCUUAAGAAAAGAAUUAAAAUUUUGGUUGCAGAAUAGAAAAAAAUAUUCUUGUCUAUCAAUUUGAAUACUGUGGAUUCAUUUAUUUUCGUGGGUACCAAUUUUCGUGGAAUGAGGAAAACUUGCACUUUCUUGGAUAUUUGAUUUUGUGGUUUUCCAAAAGUCUGCAUAUAUUCAUAAAGCAAAUUUGUAAUUCGUUGAAUAUUUCAAUUUGUGGUUUCCCUGUACCCACGAAAUCCACGAAAUUGGUAUACAACGUAUGAUAAUGAAUCCACUACUAUGAUUUGUGGGGUACCAAUGAUGGUGGAUUUCGUGGCCAUAGUUAAACUGCAAAUUUAAAUGUUACAGUUUCUAUAAGCCUGUUUGCUGACAUAAGCAAAAACAGGAAAUCAAAUGUUCAUGACAAAAAAAAUUUUCCUCAAUCCGAAGUAGUAAAAGUAAAUAGAAAUAUUAUGCAAUAGAUACAUCUAGCAAGAUGUUAUAUUAUUGAAUGUUUGACCAGAUAAAUCCGUACAAGAUGUUUUACUAGUAAAUGUUUGACCUUAAAAAACUUGAUAAGAAGGUUCAUUUUGUAUAACUGACAUGUUAAUUUGAUCAGUGCCUUUUUACUAUUUUUAUAAAAUGUUAUAUUUAAUGAUGUGUUCAGAUUUUCAAGAGAAAUUUAGAAAAUUUAUUGAUUUUUGUUGAUGUUGGUUGUAUAAUAAUGAAGCUGUUGCAUGCAUAGUUGCCAUUUUUAAGAAACAAGACUGAUAGAUUAUUGAUUGCUUAACAUCGUGUCAUCACUCUAUCAAUGAGAAAUCUUGUUACAUGACAAUCAUGCCAAAAAGGGUAAACAAUAUUUAUUGUCAGAAUUUUUUUGGUGAAAAUUAUACAGAUGAGGUGUAUAACUAUUAUAAACUUAAUUAUAUUCCUUAUUUGCAUGUCUGGCUUAAUGCAAAACAUCAUGACAUUGCCUGGUGCAUAUUCAUGAGUAUGACAGUGUAAGGAAAAGUUGCAUGAGAAAAGUGUAAAAUGAAGAUUACGUUCUGUAACAAAGCUGGUUGAGUGUUAAUUAUCUUUUCAUUGAGGGUAUUAUUUGCACCUUGCAGGAAGGAUGAAAUGGGGCUUGAUUUUUAAUAGCAGCAAAUUUCAAGUGAUGAUGAGUUUUUAAAGUCUUAUUUUAUCACUUUGGCUAAUGAUCCAACUGAAUGUAAAUAUGUCAGUGUUGGAAAUGACUUUUAUAGUAAAUCCACAGAUGUUAUUAAUAUUAAUAUUAUGGUAUUACUUUGUUAAAAUACAUUUUUUUUUCCUGAUGUAUUGAAAUGUUAAGUACUUAUUACAACAUACUGAUGUAUAAAAAUAGAUAUCAAAUUCAAUAUAAUGUGUGCAUUUAUUAAACAGAAUGUUUUCCUUUGAUCAAUAUAAACUUUUCUUACACAAUAUUUCAUGAGUGUGAUUCACCCUACUUAUUCAGGUCUCUUAAUGUUCAGACUUCAAGCUAAAGUAUACAUGUUUUUAUAUUUUCGGAAGUUGAAAAAUACCAACUUAAAUUUGAAAUAACUUUCCUAUUUUGAAUUCUCAGUUAACCAGAAAAUUAUAUAUUGUAUUUGUAUGUAUGAUUGGUGUGAAGGAUGUAAAAGAAUAGUUUUAAAAGGUUUCGGAAGAGACUUUUAUAAUUAAUCAUAAUAUUAUUAAUGUGAUAUUUCUUAAUGUUGUGACUCUGAAAUAAGUACAGUUAUAUCAGUACAGUAUCUUUAUAUACCACUGCUUUCCUCUAAUGGCAAAUUCAUUAAUUUCCUCAGAGUGUUUAAGCAUUUCCAAAAUAUAAACCAUGUUAUUGAAGAUGUUUUAAGAACACCACGGGAAAUGUCUAAUCUCAGGAAAUUGAUGAAAUUAGGGAGUGACUGCCAGUGGAAUUUUAGAAUUUUAUCAAUAUGUGACUGACAAACAUUUUAAACUACCUUCUCAUACUACAUUCAUAAAGAAAUUACAUCAAGGCAUCCAUUUAACAGACUUACAAAAAAUUUACGAAUUCAAACAGCUUCUAUUUUGUUAUUGAGAUAGCUGGAUAACUAUUGUCAGGUAUUUCUGUAUUUGUUAUUGAGAUAGCUGGAUAACUAUUGUCAGGUAUUUCUGUAUUUGUUAUUGAGAUAGCUGGAUAACUAUUGUCAGGUAUUUCUGUAUUUGUUAUUGAGAUAGCUGGAUAACUAUUGUCAGGUAUUUCUGUAUUUGUUAUUGAGAUAGCUGGAUAACUAUUGUCAGGUAUUUCUGUAUUUGUUAUUGAGAUAGCUGGAUAACUAUUGUCAGGUAUUUCUGUAUUUGUUAUUGAGAUAGCUGGAUAACUAUUGUCAGGUAUUUCUGUAUUUGUUAUUGAGAUAGCUGGAUAACUAUUGUCAGGUAUUUCUGUAUUUGCACAUUUCUUUUUAUAUUAAGAUUCACUUUUGAUAAACAUAAUGUAAGAUUUAUCUCCAAAUUUUUUUAAAAGGUUUUAAAAAUAUUUUGGUAUUACCAAAUUUUGGUUAUCCCCUACUUUCAGUUAUCAGUAUGGUUUGUGUAUUACUUUCCACAUCAUGAAGAGAUAACAAAAUAUGAAAAUGUAUCUUUCUAAAUAACUUCUACUGAAAUAAGUCCAUGAGAAAAGCUUAUAUUUUUGUAUUUCAAAUCAUGUGAAAGUAAAAAAAAAAAAAUCAAUUCAAAGAUGUGAAUAGUUUCAAAAUAUGAAAUAAUGAAGAGCAUGCACUUGAAAAUUUAAUAAUAUUUAGACAGAUAUCAUUAAAAAUGAGUGUUGAUGCACCCAAAACAACUGGAUUUAACUUUGUAUAUUCUAAGAUACAUGAAAAGAAAUUAUUGUCUUGUUUGAAAGCUGUCAUGAUACAAUUAAUUUUUAAAUAGAAAAAUAAAUAUUCUUGGUUGUCUUAAAUGCAAUGUGUAACCGAGGUGGAGAGAUGAAUAAAGGGUAUAUACUAUAUACAUAUAAUGUGCACUUGGUUGUUGUAACUUAAUGUAAUUUAUUCAAAUUUAUUCAGUUAGUGAGUAUUAUUAAAGUUGUUAUUACUA